AUGGCGGCACAGGAGAAGAACCAAGCCUUGAUACAGCAGUCGAAGGGACUUGCCCAUGUUCCUACAGGUGAUGAAUAUGAAAAGAUGAUCUCGGGCAUGUUAUACAAUUCAUUAGUCCCCGAACUCGAAGCAGCUCGCUGGAAAGCUCGGAAAUGGUGUCAUCGCUACAACACCGAGUGCCCUGGCCUUGACGACCCCGACUUUACCAUGACAGAUGCAGGCAAUGUCAGGUAUGAACGGCUCAAGGAGAUCCUAGGCAGGGUGGGACAGGAUGCCUUCCUCGAGCCACCAUUUUAUCUUGACUACGGCUGUAACGUCUCCUUGGGGGAAAGAUUCUACUCGGGUAUGAAUCUUGUCAUUCUGGAUUGCUCACUUGUCACCAUUGGCGACCGGGUCAUGUUUGGACCAAACGUAUCGAUCUUUGCCGCGACUCAUGAGACAGAAGUAUACUCACGACGAGAAAACAUCGAAUUUGCCCGACCAGUGGUGAUUGGGAAUGACUGUUGGAUUGGUGGGGGUACCAUCAUCCUUCCAGGAGUCACAAUAGGGAAGGGUGUCACGAUAGGUGCAGGCUCGGUGGUCUCCAGGGACAUUGAGUCCUGGAGUGUGGCAAUGGGAAGUCCAGCAAGAGUAGUGAAAAAGGUGCAGGAGUUGCCGGAGAUGAGAGCUGGAAGAGAAUCAUUCAGUGCCAUGGAAAGACAGGGGUAG